UGGAGUUUAUUUCCGGUUCCGUUCUCUUCUUUAUCUGUUAUUCUUCAGUACCCCAAUGUCUGUUUCAUUUUGUUGAAGAUCCACGUGUUUACUUUUUUUUGUGAAGAGACGCUGGUGAUUCGCUAGCGUCAGUGUUGCUUUCAUUUGUAAAUACUGUACUGUAUGUAGAAACCACGGUGUCUUGUUUCGGGUGUUUUACUUCUUUCCCGCCGGGGUUUGAAACGUUAAAUUGUAGGGGGCUUCACUUGUGGAACGAUCCUUGUGAGAACGUACACUGACGGCUACAAUCGCAUAUUUGCUGGAGUUAGUUGUGAGAAGUGUCAGACACUAGGGCUGACCAUUUCUUCCUUUUGCUGCUUUUAUUUUCAAAUUCCCCAGUUUUUCUUUUCUUUUCAUUACUUAUUGUGUAGCUGGUACCAUCAUGGGCGCUUACCUGUCGCAACCAAACACUGUGAAGACGUCAUUCGAAGGGGGCAAUGAAACGCUUAGCUAUGCAGUGUCUGCGAUGCAGGGAUGGAGAGUUUCUAUGGAGGAUGCGCACAGUUGCAUUCCAGAUCUGGAUGAGGAAACUGCAUUGUUUGCAGUUUAUGAUGGUCAUGGAGGUGAAGAAGUAGCCUUAUAUUGUGCGAAGUACCUACCCAGUAUUAUAAAAGAACAGAAAGCCUAUAAAGAUGGAAGAUUACAAAAGGCAUUGGAGGAUGCUUUCUUGGCCAUUGAUGCCAAGCUCACUACAGAACCAGUAAUUAAAGAGCUGUGCCAAAUUGCAGGACGUGGUCAAGAUGACGACGAUGAUGAGAGGGAGAGAGUAGCGGAUGAAGAUGAUGGUGAGAGUGGUAUUUCAGGUAUGGGAAGUCGGUAUGGCUGGGGAGGUAAAGUACUGAUUCGUGUUCAGUUUUUCCUUUUUCAGGAGUGUAGUGAGGAAGAAGGCGAGUGUAGCAGUGAAGAAACCGAUGAGGAAGAGGAUGACGAAGACAGUGAAGAUGCUGAGGAAGAAGAGGAGGAAGAAGAGGAAGAAGGAGGAGAAAUGAUGUUACCAGGAAUGGAUGGGAAAGAAGAGCCUGGUUCCGACAGUGGGACAACAGCUGUAGUAGCUCUGCUUUGUGGAACACAUUUGAUCGUGGCAAAUGCUGGUGAUUCUCGUUGUGUUGUGGCAGGAGGAGGGAAGGCUGUCAAUAUGUAUGCCCACAAGCCAGAGGAUGAAAUGGAGUUAAAUAGAACAAAGAAUGCAGGUGGUAAAGUUACUAUGGAUGGGAGAGUUAAUGGUGGACUCAACCUGUCAAGAGCAAUUGGUGAUCAUUUUUACAAGAGAAAUAAAAACUUGCCUCCUGAGGAACAGAUGAUCUCUGCUUUGCCAGAUGUUAAGGUCCUUGCACUAAAACCUGAACAUGAAUUUAUGGUCAUUGCCUGUGAUGGAAUAUGGAAUGUGAUGACCAGCCAAGAAGUAAUAGAUUUUGUUCAGGAGCGAAUAAACAAAGAGGAUGAAAAUGGGGAGCUAAGAUCUCUAACUUCAAUAGUUGAAGAAUUACUUGACCAGUGUUUGGCACCAGACACCUCUGGGGAUGGAACAGGGUGUGACAACAUGACAUGCAUCAUUGUCACAUUUCAACCUCGUCCUUUAAGUAGCCAGCAGGAUUGCAACAAGAGGAAAUUGGAGGAAGAUCCAGUAGAAGACAGUGGGAGAAACAGUGGGAAGAAAUUUAAACCCUAGCAGCCAGUUUUUCCUAUAAGAACACAUGGAUCAGAUAGAGCUUCUGCCAUCAACUAUUACCUGACUAUAUUUUUUCCUAAAAUAUGACAAACUUGAGAAAAUGGAAAGAGUCAUACUAUUUAGCAGCCAUAGUUGGAGGCCUGGGUUUAAGCGUCUCUGCCCUUUUUGUGGGAAGUGAAGUCUGUGCACUGUUGAUUGAGCUGCAGUCAUUCUUUAAGAAAAAUCUGAAGAACGGUAGGGGAGGGCCUUCAUCGUGUUUGUCACCGAGUCAUUAAAUGGGUUUAAAAGCAAAAUUGUCUUACAUACCCAUUUUUAAAUGUUCAUUAUUUAAAAAGAAAAAAAAAAAGGACAUCAUAAUGGAUGAGAAGGCAAAGACUUUGAAAACAUUCAGGUUUUUUAUAUGGGGAGAUCAUUUUAUGCCAUUUCUCUGUGAUUUAGAAUUGAAAGUACAUUGUUUAUGUGAUUGUUGUCAUUCUUGUGCCUGUGAACUUUUUUUUUUCAAAAGGGGAAGAAAAAUUUUCAUUAUUACAGUUUUUAAUUCGUGGUCGUAUAUUUAAUUUUUUAAAACUCUGUGACAUGACUUGGAUCUAGUGCUGAUUCCAGCACUGUUAUAUACAUCAGAAUUUUUUUCUGCAGAACUAAAUGCCCAGGAUAAAAACAGAACUGUUUCUUUGUUCUCUUCUACUCAGCACUCAAGUUAUGUAAAUAUUCUGAUUGAUGUACAGAAUAAUUUUGGUAGUAGUAUUGCUUUUAAAAAUGCAGAGAAAGUA